AUGGUUAGCUCGGCGGAGCACGAAAAUAAUGGCGGUUGGAAGGUCUUCUUCAAGCGCAUCAGCAACAAGAAUCAGGCAUCCGAGUCGAAGACAGGCGACGCAAAGGUCACAGAACUACAGGUGGAUGAAUUGGAGGGGGAACUUCCUCAAUUGAGCAGCGAGACUACAGAGCGCGUUUUCCCCGUACGAUCACUCGUCUCCGUUGAUUCGGCCUCUUCAUCUAUUUUGCCGACGCCGUCUCUGGAUUCACUCGAGACAAAUGUGUCGCCAUUCUCUGAAGCUUUCAAGCGAAGCGCUUUGGUGAACGACGAUGGCUCGAAGUCUGGAAGCCAAGAUGGGUGCAAAUACCAGCAAGCGGCGAGGCCAACUUACUUGACUCAGAUGCACGAACAAAAGCAGAGACUUGCCGGGAUUUCCUCAUCAUCUGGGGUUCCUACAAUCAAUUCUUCUGCUUUGCCAGGGUCUCGGCUUCAGCCUCCUUCUAAUUCGGAAUACGAUCCCUCCGAUAUUUCACCCAGAGACGGUGGCAUCUACGAACGACUGCACUACUCGAUCAAGGAGGGAGCCAAAAUAUUGAGACCUACACGUCUCUCCAAAGGCCUACAGUUCUCAACCGAGGACGAAGCCCCCAUAUUUGUUCAACCCUUUGGCGCAUUGAUUGUUGUCUCACAAUCUGGUGAUCAUUUCCCUGUGGAGGUUACCAGCAGCAACACAGAACAAGUUUUGAGCAUCAAGCCGGACGACCUGAUCGAACUGAAGUCUUUUAGUGAAAUUUUGUCAGAGUCACAGGCAAGCACAUUCCGGACCCAUGCCGAAUAUGUUCUAAGAGAUGAAUACGAAGUCGAUGAUGUUGGCCCCGAGGUGUUCUGUCUCCUAUCUUCCAAUGGAACCAGUCGGAGACUCUGGUGCACGAUGCACACCAGCAAAGCAUAUAAGAAUUACGUGAUCUGUGAGUUGGAAUGGGAUAAUCCAGACUCUCAGCAACUUAAGGUCAAAUUUGACUCUGAAAACUCGCAUCACCAGAGAGCGAAUUCAUUGGGUCGGUUCGUUUACGACAGAGCCUUUGAUCGAGCGCUGCGGUCUAGCGCGCGUGAGAGCUCCCCACACGAAGCAAUCUGCAUGGAAUUGAAAAUAUUGAACGAUCUUCCUCAUAUUCUAAGAAAUAUAUCGAGUGCUCAGUCGAUCGACGUUCUGGUCACAAGAUCAGUGGAAAGCGUCAAGAGUCUGUUCGAGUUUCAUCGCAUAACCGUUUAUCACUUUAACGAGACCCGUGGUGGCGUCGUCUUAGCAGAUGCUGUUGGUGAAACUCAAAAUCUUGAGAGCUAUCAGGGUAUGCAUUUCCAGGAAUCGAGUUUCUCUGAUGAUCUAAAGCGCCAGUAUUUGAGGAACAGAGUUGCAUUUUCAUAUCGCAAGAGCAACAGUGUCGCGGAAUUGGUAUAUCGAGCCUCGGUCACCAAGAUUGUACUGGACCUAUCGCAUUGUUACUUGACGAUUUCUCCCGAUGUUUCUGAAAGUGAUUUCAGAGAGGAGUUACCCAGUGCAUGUCUCUCUGUCAACUUGAGGGUAUUCGGCAAGUGUUGGGGGUUAAUCUCUUGUCAGAGUUUUGACGGCAAUCAGCGGCUGCAUCCCUUGCUCCAGCGAGUCAGCUGGUUGCUUAGCGAUGCAGUUUCUAGUAAUAUCGAAAGAUUGUCAUACACAUCUGUAUUCCAAGCCCAUGGCGAGCCUUCAAAAGAGGCUAGUACGGGUGGGAGAAUCGAGAAACGUGUCAUCGCUCCCACUGGAGACCUUUUGGGUACAUUUGGUGCCGACCACGCUGCGGCAUACCUCCUUGGGAAGGUCCAGGUUUUAGGGAAACCGAGUGAUUCACAAAAGUUGAUGGCGCUGGGGGAGUAUUUUCGAGAGAAGAAAUUCGAUACCAUUUUGUGGUCGACAAAUCUCACUCGCGAUUUCUCGGAACUCAAUUACUCGCCUGGAUUCCAUGACCUCGCCAGUCUUCUCUAUAUCCCGCUCUCUGAAAGUGGCUCUGACUUCAUCAUCUUGGUCCGAGUUCGUUAUCAAUUUGAUCGUGAUACGAGCUGGAAAGACUCCGAAUCUCAAUCACUUGCAUGGUCUCCAGAAGAAUAUGCCAAAGCUUCCAUGCUCGCACUGUUCUAUCGCACAUUCAAAAAGGCAUGGCAUGAAGACGAGGUGGCAACACAAAACGAUCAGUUGAUGAAACUUCUUCUGGCCAACACGGCGCAUGAAUUUCGUACGCCGCUGAAUGCAAUCAUCAACUAUUUAGAGAUUGCCUUAGAUAGCUCUCUAAACCAAGAGACGCGGGAAAAUCUGUCAAGAUCUCAUUCCGCGUCAAAAUCCUUGGUCUACAUCAUAAACGAUCUUCUGGAUCUGACAAAUGCAGAAGAUGGAAACCAUCUCAUCAAGGAUGAAAUUUUCAGUUUGUCCGACACUAUUCAUGAGGCGACCAAUAUCUUCUGGGAAGAGGCAAAGCAGAUGAACGUGACUCUCCAAGUGAUGCAACACACGGAUCUUCCCCCUGUUCUUGGAGACCAACGACGUGUUCGACAGGUCAUGACGAACUUGAUCAGCAAUGCAGUCCGACACACCUCAUCGGGUGCUGUCACAGUGGAGUCGUGCAUUGUACCUGAACUUUGCCAAGUCGGACAGAUCUCCCUCGAAGUCGCGAUACAUGAUACUGGGGAUGGGAUGUCUCAAGAGACGGUGGAAAGCUUGUUCUGCGAGCUGGAGCAGGUCGUUACUAAAGCGCCUACCACGAAGUCAAAUCAAUCUCAAGGAAACCCUUGCAAGUCCAAAAGUGCUGAUACGGGCAGCGUGCUUGGCUUGGGUCUCGCUCUGGUUGCACGUUUAGUUAGUAAUAUGAACGGGCAACUCAGUCUCAAAUCUGAAGAAGGAACUGGGAGUUGCUUCAGGCUCCGAUUGAAGUUCCCUCUGCCUACUGAAACAGCCAAUCAAGAUCAAACAAGACCACAUAGCAACUGCGGAAAUUCUAAGUCGACUUGGCGAAAUGGCACCGAUGGUUCGCUCCUACGGACUUCCAAGGGGCAAGAGCAUGGCAUACCGUGCCAUUGUGGAGAUAACGAUUUCUUCGGAUCAGGCUCUAAAGUGAAUGAAAAUGAUUCUCUCGAUGUCGAGAUUUCCCUGACCAACGGUGAAUCACGGAGUAUCAGUUUGGCAGCACCGCUUCUGAAACAGGAAAAGAGGAUGAACCCCACAGAGGGUCUGUUUAGUGCUUCUGAACAGGAGAAAGAAGAAAAAGCAAGGGCGCCUAUCAAGCAGCCGAAAGCCCCAACAUCAGAAUUCGAGACUCCUUCAUCGGAACGAGGUCAAGAAGCUAAAUUACGGAUUCUCGUUGCAGAAGAUGACCCCGUUAACCGCCAUAUUCUCAAAGGACGUCUCGGGAGGCUCGGCUACGAUAUUCGUUUGACUGCGAAUGGCAAGGAGUGUGCUGCUGCGUACGGCCAAAGUCCAGAUUCAUACGAUGCCAUUCUCAUGGACUUGCAGAUGCCUGUAGUUGACGGUCUGUCGGCUGCUAAAAUCAUACGGUAUCAAGAAAUCCAGGCCGCUUCGGAGGGCGACAAGGUGCCCAUCUUUGUAAUAUCCGCCUCUCUCGCUGAGAAAGACCGACCAGCCUAUAUUGAGGCUGGAUUUGAUGGCUGGGUCACGAAGCCAAUUGAUUUCCAACGAGUGGAUAAGCUUUUAGACGGCGUAACAUCAAGCGAGCGACGGGAUCAAUGCCUAUAUCGCCCUGGACUGUGGGAACACGGUGGUUGGUUUUGA